UCCGUCUCUUCCGUGCCACCCGAAGCGCACGACGCAGCGCGCAUCCCCCAUAGCCACUGCUCCUCCUAGCUUGCUUCUUCCCCGGCGACAGAGGAGGAAUAUAUCGAUCGAUCGAGAUGUCGAAGUACGUGGAGCUGCUGGACAUGGGCGUGCGCAUCGCCGCCAGGUUCCACUCCCACUGCCCGCAGACGGCGCGCAUGUACUACAAGCCGCCGCAGUCCGCCUCCACGUCGGGCGCCGCCGAGGCCGCGCCGACGGAUCGGACGAAGGCGGCCGGCUUUGGCGGCGGCGAGGACGUGGCUGCUGGCUUCCGGCCCUUCGCCGCGUCGGGAGCUCUCGGCGCCGGCGUCGUCCAGCCGCGGUUCGGCUUCGACACCGCGCAGGUCCUCAUCUACGAGGUCGUAUGAGUCGAGGGAUUGAAAUGAACAACGGCGAGGACUUCUAAAAGGAGAGAGAUCUCUUUGAUGAGAUUUUUUUGGCGGCCAAUGAGUUGAUUGAUCAUUCUUUUGUUAGUUUGUGACCGUGCUGGAAUUGAUCAAAUACAGAAUUUUCGUUCCUGAUUACUACUUA